AUUGAGUAUUCAGAACUUAUCUUUAGUUUACGAACUCCUGUAGAGUCAAGAGAAAAUGUCUGGCCGUGGAAAGGGAGGUAAAGGUCUCGGUAAAGGAGGCGCUAAGCGUCACCGUAAAGUCCUCCGUGAUAACAUCCAGGGCAUCACCAAGCCCGCCAUUCGCCGUCUGGCUCGCCGUGGCGGAGUGAAGCGUAUCUCCGGUCUGAUCUAUGAGGAGACCCGCGGUGUGCUCAAGGUGUUCCUGGAGAACGUGAUCCGUGACGCCGUCACCUACACCGAGCACGCCAAGAGGAAGACCGUGACCGCCAUGGACGUGGUGUAUGCUCUGAAGAGACAGGGCCGCACUCUGUACGGCUUCGGAGGCUAGAACUGAUCCUGACCCACUGAUACCGAACCAAAGGCUCUUUUAAGAGCCACCCACUCAGAACCAAAGAGCCCUCUCAUUUCUGAACCUCAGCAGUUGAUGUUGUAUUAUAUUUAAUGCAUGUAUUAAUUAAUUGGCAAGCUGUCAGUGCUGGGCAAUAACAAACUUUUUUUAUUCGACUUGAUAUCGAUUACUUAUUUGGAAAUGUAUUUUACCGAGUGAUUAAAAAAAAUAAUGCACUCAA